AGUUACCAUCGUCAACGCUCGCCGAUCGUCCACACUCUCUUCCUCUCGUCCUCAUCGAUCGAAAGUAUCUCCCUACCAUCAUGCCCCGAACGAUCCGUAUCGCCCUGCUCCUCUGCGACACCCCGCUCCCGCUAGUCCAGCAAGAACUAAACUACCCGACCUACACCCCGGUCUUCCUCUCCCACUUGCAAGACACCCUAGACUCUUACCCGGACAAAAAGGCUGUCGAGGGUGUACAGCUGGAGGUGGAUAGUUUCGAUGUGGCAGGGAAACAGGAAUACCCGGAUGAGAAGAAGGUGGGGGAGGGAUGGUACGAUGCGGUGAUGAUGACCGGUUCAGCUCACUCCGCCUACUCCCCCCUCCCAUGGCUGCAACGCCUAAUCACCUACAUUCACACCCUCUCCACAGACCCCUCCUAUUCACACCUGAAAAUCAUAGGGAUCUGUUUCGGCAUGCAAGUCAUCGCCAUGGCCCUAGGAGGACCACAGGCGGUCGUCCCCAACGAAAAGGGAUGGGAGAUCGGGGUUUACGAGGUCGGGUUGACGGAUGCUGGGAGGGAUUGGUUUGGAAGGGUCAUGGCUGGCGAUGUGGAUAGUCGGUUGAAGGAUGCAGAGGAUGUUGAGAGUGCGAGUGAACGGGUCGUGGAGAAGGUCGUCGGGACGGAGAAGAUCCACAUCCAGCAGAUGCACCGAGACCACCUUCCUCAAGUCCCUCCGAAUUUCGAACUCCUAGGUUCUUCCCCGAAAUGCAAGGUCCAGGGGAUCGUGCAGUAUUACCCCGAAGAUUCUUCAACGGAGGAGACGGGAGGGAGCAGAGCUGGGAAUGGGAGGAGGAAGAUUAGGAUCGUCGGGUUACAGGGUCAUCCAGAGUUCACGACUGCCAUUGUCGACCGGAUGAUCUCCGUUCGCUCCGAAUCCGGCGUCUUGGACACUCCAACUGCCGAAGAAGCCAGACGUAGGAGUUCUGCUCAGAGCGGAGGCGAGGGAAGAGGGGUGAUCGGAUGGGGCAUCUGGGCGGUCUUGUUGGAGCUCUGAGCGAGGAGGGGUGGUAUGUGAGGUGUGUUGCCAUGCGCGAUGGCGAUGGUAGUAGGUAGGGCGAGAUGAAGGUACUAUCAGAGCAAUUACCACAAGGUAAGUAAUAGAAAUCAAACGUUAACAGCUCUAUCAUUAAUUCCACUUGUGGGAUCAUUUGCUCUACUUCCUAUUGCGGAAGAUGGUCGGCAGGGUGUUG